CUCUAUUCCUUUUUCUCCUCCACUGCUGCUGCUGCCAUUAGCCGGCAAUCGCCAUCCACCUGCUGGAGUUGUCCCCGCCGUUUAGUGCUGGUCUCGGAAGUCCCUCUCCUCCCUCUGAUUCUAAGCAAUUCCUUUUUCCCUUCUUUUUUUUUUGUUCUUUUUAAAUUUCCGAGCAAUGUAACUGGUUUCUGGAAUUUCUACUUAGAUCUUAACUGCGUUUGGAAGAAUUUUUCUAGCCUAUCUCGUGGUGGUAUCAUUUGAUGAUAUUUGGCUAUUCGUGUUGAAUGUUGUUUUGUUGUAACGUAUUUUCAUGCCUCCCUGUACAAGGUCCUCCUUGAAGGUAGCCAGACAAAAAGCUGGCGUUCUCUGUGACAGUGUACAGUCCAUUUCGGGCGAAAAUGACUUGAAACUCUGCAUUACAAAUUACUUCAAGGGUGCAUCAGGGAAGUAUAGUCAGAAAUCUGGCCAGGCACCUCUUUAUACUGAUGAUGAGCGUGAGCUGGAAAAUAAGAUGGCAAAACUUCAAAAAGGAAAGAGAGCAAUCCAGUUAGAUUCAACUGAUGAUCAUGUUGAGGUUGUGGCUCCAAAGAGGGGAAAAGCUAUGAAUAAGGGGAAGUUGAAAAUGCCUAAACGUACAAGGAAGUUUGGCAAUUCAAGCCCUGGGGAAGUAAAUACUCAGUCAUUUGAAAUUGACAGUAUUAGCUCCCACUUCAGUAAGAGGAAAGAGUCCUGCAUGUCUCCAUCAAUUGGUAUUCCUUCCCCUCCUGCCCCUACCGAUGACAUGUUCCAUUGUCGGACAGCUUUGCAAGCGGUUGAAGCAUAUCUAGCAGCAGCUGAAGGGGAUUUGUUAGAGGAUGAAACGGAAGAUGUCAUUGUGCUAUGUUAUUGUGCCAUGUUAUUGUACUAUGCUUGGAUAUUAGAUGUCAAGCGCUGUAGCCCUGGUCCAAGGUAGACAUUUUGUCUGCAUUCACCAUGUCAUUGUGCUAUGUUAUUGCUUAUGUUUGGAUAUCAGAUAUCAUGAUGUAUGGUUGGCUAUUGGAUUUGCUAAAGCUGUUUAUGCUCCAGUGUUAGCUGAAGUAGUACUUGUGCUCAUGAACUUACGUGUUUGCAGUACUGAUGGACUUCUUUGUUGGUAGCUUUUA